GUCCAAAACACGGUUGAAACUAAAUCAGUGGACUUAAAACUUACAGCGCGUAAUACAAUCUCGACCUUGGUGUAGUGACAUAGGGACCAUGGUUACUAUGGAGGAAUUUAACAGUCACGCUGAAAAAGUCAAAAAGCUUAAAACAAAACCUAAUGAUAAUGAUCUCCUCGAACUUUACGGCUUGUACAAACAAGCUACGGUUGGUGACAACAAUACAUGUGCACCUGGUAUCCUCGAUCUAAAAGGAAAGGCGAAAUGGAACGCUUGGAAUGGAAAAAAGGGUAAGUAGUCGUUCAAAGCCAUAUACAUGUAGUACAGGCAUGCAUGUACGUAAAAACUAUCUUCACAAGCCCAUAGGCUAGGUUUUCCAUUUGAUUAAUGACAAGUUGCCACAACACUAUAACAAAUAUGCAUUUUGCAGACUAAAUCUGGAAAUUUUUAUGCUUAGGAUGAGUGGAGAGACUCAAAAUAAUCACUCACUAAUCUUAUAUGAUUGGGACACAUGUGCUUUUGCUUAAUUUGCUAUACAUUGUACUGUGUGUCCCCAUGACUGUGGUUCCUUACCAAUAGUUUAUAUUUAAGAUUGUAAGAUCGACCUUAGUAUUGUGUAUUUUAACUAAAACAUGCAGCACAAUGACAGUCGUAGGAAUAAACAACAAAUUUAACCUGACUACCAAGGAAAAAAUUUGUUUACUGUUGCCUAAUUUGUCUUUUUUCUAUAAGCUACUCUUGUGCGCUACAAACUGAACUUGUAGACAGUAUGUAAAACCGUAAGACUAAAUAUUAGUAACCGUUGUUAGAUAUCCCCAUCACAACCGUCUAGAAAUAUAUUAGUAGUGUGACGUUUGGUCUGCUUGGUUCCCUGUUAUUCACCCGUAAACCAAUGACCCUGAAGUACAUUCUAAUUUGAUGUACAGAGAAAUAGAAGCAUUCUAUGCUGGAACAUUGUGCUAAUUAGAUAAAAAAAGUAUACAAGAUAAAGGUGGUUGUGUGCGUCCAACCAAUGUAGUUGAACUAUGUAAAAUAUUUGGUUCAACCUGAGUUUCACUCCUUUUGGAUGUAAAAGACAAGUUUCACUUUAUUUAGUAACUUGUUGUUUCAAAGUAUUUCUCAUACACUAUAAAAAAUUGUUGAGCUCUUGAAUAAUCUUAGAAUGAAAGAAAAUACAGAUUAAAGUAACGAUUUAUAUAUAUGCCUCUAUAUGCGCAUUCGUAUUACCGCUUUUUAAAACAUGACAACUGAGUGUUAGAACUCAGUAGCAAAAUCAUCCUGGGCUUUACAAUUAAUAAUUAUUAUAUUAAGGUUUCUAAGCUGCUUAACAAAUAACCACAACAAAUACUCGUUGAUGGCAAUCUUAAGGGAUCAGUGACCAUUCACCCUCCUACAAACAGAGAAACCUAUAUACCGUGAACUGAGUUCAUAGUCUUCAGCUAAUUAUGAGUGCAAAUAUCCUGAUUUUGUUUGAUACGAAAUGCCGUCAAUUUUUCCGAGUAUUUGUUGAAGGCAAUUGAGAAACUCACAUAAUAUCGGUCACUCAUGUGAUAGGAUGCAAAUUUCACUAAGGGGUGUUUUAAACGUAUGGCUGAAUUAUCCGCCUAAAAGCUUACUAUACUACACGUAUUUUGGCCUUGGAUUACAGUUCAUAUAGAUAAGUUUAGAAAAACUAUUUGUGGUAUAACUGGGUAUCUUUACUCUCAUUUCAUCGUGUAGUUAUUUGCGAAAUGUAGCGACUGUACUUACCGAUGGUAUAAGCCAGUAAAGUGUUUCGCAUUGAUUUAUUUUAUUACCAACCAUCAGCUCGCGGCUUCACUUUUCGAUGUUUGAGAAAUAGUCUAUGUAUCACUGUCUUGAUAAAUGGUCCCAAAAAGUCACCAGUCGGUCUUACGCAACGUAGAGCCUGCUAAAACACUAGCAAAAGUCAUGAAAGUAGUUUCUUGUUAAUUCUAUUACUGUUUACUUCUAAAUUACAGGUAUUUGCAGCGAAGAAGCCAAAACGUUGUACGUGAAUAAAGCUAGAUGCCUUAUUGAAAAAUAUGGACUUGAAUCAUAAUUAUUAAUUUUGUUCAAGGAAACUAAGUUAUUCAGUUAAUAUUCAUAUAUUUUUGAUAUGAUUUACAUAUUGAGUUCGGUUAUAAUUUUUACUCUUUUUUCCUCAUCUUUUUUAUUUGUUACUUUACAAAUGUUAAUCGUAACGAUAGGGGUCAGUAAACAUUUUUGAUAGUUGUUAUUUACUGUAUAUCUAAACGUGUUUUACGACAUUAACGACUUCUAUUGUCUUUCAUACUUUUUUGUAAUAUCGAAAUACAUAUUAAAGGAAACGUGGA